CAUUCGAGAGUUGACCGCGCUUAACAGCGUUUCGGGCCAAGUAGCGCAACAAUCAAAAGUAAAUCCCGGAGCAGCCCAAAAAUGAGGGAAGCCAAUUUGGAGGAUCAGUAUGCCAGUUUUCCGGAGAUCAAGCGGGCAGAGGUGCUGAAGUUUGUGGACUGGAUCCAUGCCCAGCCGCACAUCUCGGAUAGGUUUUCGGAGGGCGAGGCCCUGCACUUCUUCCAUGCCUGCCGCUACAGCAUGGAGGUGGCCAAGCAGGUCCUGGACACCAAUCUCACGGCUCGUACCCACCUGGAGGAGUUCUUUGUGAAUCUCGACAGCGAACGUCCCGAGGUCAGGCGCGCCAUGCGAACUGUUUCCAUUGUUCCUCUGCCAGGGGCCACUCCCGAAGGAUAUCGGGUGAUCCUCGCCAAGCUCGACGACUUGAAUGCCUGCAACUAUAACUUUGCAGACGUUAUGAAACUAUACUGUAUGGUAUUUGACUUUUGGAUGUACGAAGAUGGCAUUCAGCCAGGACACGUCAUCGUAAUCGAUCUGAAAAACACUUCCUUGGGGCACGUUGCUCGCAUUGGCCUUCUGCAAAUGAAAAAGUUCCUCUAUUACCUGCAGGAAGCGGCUGCCAUCAGGCUGAUCGGAUUCCACUUUAUUAACAUAGUGCCUUUCAUGGAUAAAAUUCUGGCGCUGAUGACCCCCUUCAUGAAAAAGGAACUUACCACUGUACUGCACGUGCAUAGCGACUUCAAGGAGUUCUACAAGUUUGUGCCCCAGGAAAUGCUUCCCAAGGAAUACGGAGGUCAGGUGGAGGAAACCACUUUGGCCAAAGAGAUUUACUAUAAAAAGCUGCUGGACAAUCGUAAGGAAAUGCUCGAGUUCGAGACUCGCCAUCAGAUCAACGAAAAACUGAGACCCGGCAAGGCCAAAAAUGCCUCGGACCUCUUUGGAAUAGAGGGCAACUUUAAGAAAUUGGACAUCGAUUGAGCCAAUUGUUAGCUUAGAAAAAUUGUUUUUGGUUUAAAGGUGUUUGAUAAACUAAAAAAUCUCUCUUACUUGGUAA